AUGUUUCUCGGCACCCUCCCCCUUGACUUUAUGGUGGUCCGGGCCGGUAUACCCAACAGUCUGCGCUCAAACGCCAUUGCCCGCUUUAACGACCCUAGCUCGUCCACGCAGGUCCUCGUUACCACCUACAACUGCGGGGCUACCGGCCUCAACAUACACUCACAAUGCAGCCGUAUCGUCCUGAUAGAGUCAGCUCUCAACCACAACUCCCUGUUCCAGACGAUCGGGCGUAUCCACCGCCUCGGCUAG